AUCGCGCUCAUCAGCGCCAUGCCCGUCGUCGAGCUCCGCGGCGCGAUCCCGAUCGGCGCGCUCAUGGGCCUGCCCAUCGCCAAGGUCUUCGUGCUCUGCGUCAUCGGCAACAUGGCGCCGAUCCUGCCCCUGCUCCUCGCGCUCCGGUCGCCCCUCGUGCAGAAGAUCCUGGACAAGCCCCUGUCGAAGGCGCGGUCGAAGUCGGACGCGGUCUCCGGGAACGCGCGCUGGUCCGCGCUCGCGGCGUUCGUGGGCGUGCCCUUCCCGGGCACGGGCGCCUGGACGGGCGCCAUGGUCGCCUUCGUCCUCGGCAUGCCCCUGUCCGAGGCGCUCUCCGCCAUCUUCGCCGGCGUGCUCGUCGCGGGCGCGAUCAUGUCCGCGCUCGUCGCCGCGGGG